AUUGGCAUACCCUCCCGAAACUUCGUUAGGGUUUUUAUUCUUAAAGGUCAAGCUCAGUCCUUUAGCUCAAUCGUAGCCAUGGCGACUCAAAUCUUCUCUCGGGCCUUCCCUAAAUCUCUAACAUCGGCUUUCUUCUUUUCUCACUCUCUUUCAUCCACCAUCACUGUCACUUCAUCUGAUCUCUCUCCAUCACCGCCGCUCUCGCCUUCCUCCACCGCUCCGCCCUCUCGCCGUCGCUUCUGCCGAUAUCCAUCGCCGCUUAGUUGCGCCUCCCUCCUUGCGGACCUUCUCGACCCGUGCGACUUCCUCUUCGCUCAAUGAUCCCAACCCCAACUGGUCGAACCGGCCACCUAAAGAGACAAUCUUGCUUGAUGGAUGUGAUUUUGAGCAUUGGCUUGUUGUCAUGGAGAAGCCCGAAGGUGAUCCCACCAGGGACGAGAUCAUUGAUAAAUACAUCAAAACUCUUGCUCAGGUGGUGGGCUGGUACUGUCUUCCAUAACAUCCAUCGUCUUACCCUUGCUGUAUGACUUAUCAGCGGAAGUGAAGAAGAAGCCAGGAUGAAGAUAUAUUCAGUUUCAACUAGACACUACUAUGCAUUUGGAGCCCUUGUGUCUGAAGAGCUUUCGUACAAACUUAAGGAAUUGUCUAGAGUUCGUUGGGUCCUUCCUGAUUCAUAUUUGGAUGUCAAGAACAAAGAUUAUGGAGGUGAACCCUUUAUCAACGGGCAAGCUGUUCCAUAUGAUCCCAAGUAUCAUGAAGAAUGGGUAAGGAACAACGCACGAGCAAAUGAAAGGAACAGACGCAAUCACAGGCCUCGCAAUGCUGAUAGGUCGAGAAAUUUUGGGAGGAGGGAAAAUAUUGUGAACAGAGAUACACAAGGUAGACCUCCCAUGCUGAAUGCUGGUCCUGGUCCUAACUAUCCACGCCACCAAGGCGGAUACCCUCCCAACAGCCAGGGUGCAUACACACUCAUCAACCCAAGCGGAUACUCUGCCGGCAAUCCGGGCAGCUACCCGGCCAGCAACCCUGGUGGGUACCCGGCCAACAACCAGGGCGGAUACAAACCCAACAAUAUGGGUGGAGGCCCUCCUAGCAGCCAGGGCAACAUGCCACCCAGCAAUAUGGGAGCGAUGCUAUCAAAUCAGAACAUGGAAGGGUUUCCACCAAAUGGAGGAUGGUCAGGUAGAAACAAUUGCUACAUGAGAUGAUUGAGGGAUAUGUUAGUCUUGUGGCCAUGUAGAUAAGGAUGAAUUAUGUUCAAACAACCUGAGGUGAAGUCAUGUGUUGGAAAACUUCUAAUUUUUUUUAGUUUUGCCCUUCAAUCCAAUGAAUCGUGAAUCUUUAUGCUUAUGUAAUGGAACAACACAUGAUUUUUUCAGUCAAUAUUAUGGUAUCAUUUAUUUUA